UUAACGUUACUUUUAUUCAAGUCUAUAAAUUCAAUUGCUUCACUAGCAAUAUCACAGAAACUCAGAAAGUCACAUAGAAGCAAAAGAAAGUCACAGAAAAGAAAAUGGCAGGAAUCAUCAACAAGAUCGGAGAGACUCUUCACAUCGGAGGACACAAGAAAGAAGAUGAACACAAAGGAGAGAAGAGUCACGAUGACAAGCACAAAGGUGAACACAAGGAAGGUUUGGUUGAGAAGAUCAAGGACAAGAUCCAUGGUGAUGAUGAACACAAAGGGGAGAAAAGUCACGAUGAUAAGCACAAAGGUGAACACAAAGAAGGUGUAGUUGAGAAGAUUAAGGACAAGAUCCAUGGUGGAAGUGAUGAACAUGGAAACAAAGGUGAGAAGAAGGACAAGAAGAAGAAGGAUAAGAAGAAGAAGGAACAUGGUCAUGGACAUGAUCAUGAUAGUAGCAGCAGCAGCGACAGCGAUUAGAUCUAAUCUAAUGUUGUUUUUUUCUCUCUUUCUAUGUUAAUUAAGCGGUGUACAAUACCGUAUGGUGGAGAGGCACCGGAAAUUCUUUCUUACUAUGAUGAUGAAGUGAUGGAUCUAAGAAUAAAUAAUGUAGAGAGAUGGAGAGAGAGAGAAAUUUAUGUGUAUUUCUAUUUUUAUUUUAUUUUAUUUUUAUUGACAUAUUAUGUGCUAAUUGAAAAAGCUCACCCAGGUUUGCAUGUAAAUUGGCAUAUAUAAGAAUGAAUAUGUUAAUUAUUA